AUGUUCUCUUCCAAAUUCCUCAGUUUGUCCAAAUUUUUGUACAACACACUGGGUGCUGGUGUGAAAUUAGAGUCCGGUGUGAGUACGGUUUUGAUUCUGGGUGGAUCUACAUCCGGAUUCGGGAUUGAAUUAAGUGCAGCGCUGAUGUUUGAACACAAUGUAUGUGUUAUCAAUGUCGACUCUAGGGAUUUCGAAAUGAUUUUAAAUGUUAAUGAAGCGGUGAAGCUAGAAAAGUACUACACCUUUAUACACUGUAAUGAUUUCAGUAACAUGGACAACAUGGUGCAAGCUAUGACAGAAGUUGCGAAACUGAAGUUACCCAUAAAUUUUUUCAUAAAUAACGUGCAGGAAGGGCUCCACACUGUUUUUGAUAGCCACGAAGAUAAUACAAUUGGUUACAAAGGUGUUGCACAUCUGAGAAAAUGCGUGAAUGCGAAUUUGACCAACGUGAUGAUUGCAACAAAAAUGUUUUUGAACACUAUUGUUCCCCAAACUGCUAGGUUAACCAGAGGAAAAAUCUCACAGUUUUAUAUCGUCAAUAUCUCGUCGGUUCUAUCACUACAAUUGCCAGAAUUUGCGAGGCAUUUCACCUCUUCAAAAGCAGCGUUAAAUCAGUUUCAUGAUAGCCUCACAUCAGAGCUUAGUUUUGAGAGCGGAGAAAUUUCCACUAAAACUUUAUUAGCCUACUUACCCAAUAUCAGAGAUGGCGAAGCCUGGGAGGUUAACUUAACCGAGAUGACUGAUGCGCUUAUACAAGAUCUGAAAGACGGCAAACAAGGCGACACGAUACUUAAAUGUGAUCCAAAAGAUUAUUCAAAGGACACAACAAGGAAUAACGUACGAUACAGAUUGGGUAAUUUGCAUCACAACUGGUUAUAG